UGUGUUUGUAAAAUUGCUGUUUUUUGAGAUGUAUACAAUGAAUCCAAGAUGAAUCAUGUCAGAUCUUUUUACACAUUUAAUAUGAUAUUGAAUUGAACCAUAACCAUUUUUCUUCUCAUUUAAAAAAUAAUAAAAAUUAAAAAAAAAAAUAAAUAAAUAAAAAAAUCAGUAGUUCCAGAAGCAAGAAUAUUUUAGCCUCUAACAAAGGCAAACUGGCUAAACAAAAUGUUAUUACUGAGGACAGCUGUGUUGUGCCACCUAAAUGUCACGUCACAUUUUCAGAGCAAUGUCAUGUUUUCAGAGCAGUGUGACCAGUUUAACAGGACACUGGUUUGAGGUUGGGAGAACAUGUACUUUGAUCAUAGCUGACAUAAAAUUCUUCUAGGAGAACAGCGGACUUAGCCAUGGUCAUACCAUCCAUGACAAAAUCAAAUCCACCAGUCGGCAGGUUAAGACAAUGUGUAUUACUACUGGGAUGUUUUCUUUGUACAUCAUCCUGUCUGGCUCUGUGGGGAUUGAAUAUUGGGAUCCAAAUGUCACAUUUUUCGCCCCCCAGACCUAAACCAGUUCCUCGAAAUAAUGCUAGCAGUAAUUCUUAUGCAGUAUCCGCACUUGACAUGGGAAUCAGUGAUGAGGAGUGGGAAAGACUACAGAAGGCUCUGGACUGGCCUGGUCCAGAUCAAGAAUUCACUCAGCUGAAUCUGAGCACAAGUCCAGUCCACUCAACAUUCUCUAUUGUGGGACUCAAAAAGAGUUACAAAGUGGGAGACAACAUCUCCGUUAUUAUCACAGCCAGAGACCACAAUAAAAACCUGAAAACAUAUGGAGGAGAUUUUUUCAAAGCAAAGCUUUUCAAUUCAAAGCUCAAGGCGAGUGUGUACGGGGAGGUUGUGGAUCAUCGUAAUGGGACUUACUCUGUUUGUUACAAGGAGUGA